AUAGCUGGAUGUUUUAACUAAUCACACUGAAAGCCAUUCGUUAUAACAAAUUUAUAAUUACUAAAUAAUUGUUUUUCUAGAUUCCUGUUAAUAAGUUGAAUAUUGAAACACCUUGUCCUAGAAGAACUUAGUAUUGGAGGCGCAAUCUCUAAAGCAAUGGGUGAGAGAAAAGGAACAAACAAAUACUAUCCUCCCGAUUUCGAUCCUAAUUAUCACAGGAAUCUCAACUCAUACCAUGGCACACAUGCUCUACGUCAACGUGGGAGAAAGGCAGGUCAAGGCAUUAUCACUAUUAGAUUUGAAAUGCCUUUCAAUUGUUGGUGUCUCACUUGUAAAAAUCCUAUCGGUAUGGGUGUCAGAUAUAACGCAGAAAAGAAAAAAGUGGGGAUGUAUCACUCAACUCCUAUCUACCAAUUCUCUAUGCCUUGCCAUCUCUGUGCUGGUACAAUUGUAAUGCAGACGGAUCCAAAAAACUUCCAAUAUGUUAUUCUGGAAGGUGCAAGACGUAAAGUACAAAAGUGGGAUUCAGAAGAAAAUGAACAAAUCCUUAUUGCAGAUCACUCUGAGAAGAAGCAGCUUGCAACGGAUGCCAUGUAUCAUUUGGAGCAUAAUGUUACUGACAAGAUGAAAGCUAGUGAGAUCAUACCAGCAAUUCAAGAAGUUCAGAUUGAUCGUUUGGGACACGAAGAUGACUUCACUUUGAAUCAAAUCGCUCGUAAAAAAUUUCGCGAAGCCAAAAAGCAAUCUGAGGAACAAUUGGUCAGAGAUAACUCUCUCUUAAACCGCUUGUCGCUAACUGGGUCUCAGGUUGAACUUCUUCCAGAAACUGAUGACGACUCAACUAUGGCAAAAGUUAUGUUCCUCACACAUUCGAAACGUAAUAUAACCGCGAAUCCUUUGAAUCCUAUGUCUCUCAUUCGUAAUAGAAAUUCACAUGUGCCAGCUUCUAAGACCAAAAGUGCAUCGAAAGCUGAUAAUAUCAAAAAGUCAACUACAUCAACGUUAAAAGAGACUCCAAGGAUGUCGAUGGAUUCGGUUAUCUAUCGUCCUUGUAAGAGUAAAAAACUAAUUAACAAGUGUGGAGACUCUGGAAUUGAAGAAAAUGAAUCCACUCCUUCAACUGCCAAUCUAUUUUGUAAUCACGUGACAGAUAGUUCUGUCGAACUUGUGACCUAUGAAAGUAGUGAUGACUCACAUAGCAAUAUUGACGUUUAACCUUGCACGUUUGGUCAAGUGAAACAGAUCUCGUUCCAUUCAUGCUGUGUUUGAGAUCAAUGGGUUGGAGUUAUGAACCGAACACUUCAUUUUAAAUUUGCGGAAGGAGCGAGUACGUUUGGAAGGUAUUCACCCUCUCCACGUUGACACCUUUGAGAUAUUGAUUUUAAAGACUUUGUACCUUAUUUUGUUCAAUAAAAUACUCUUAUAUUC